AGCGCUCGCUCUCUCUGGUCUGGCCGCCCGCGCUAAAGUGGCCGGCGGGCGGGAUGGCGGAGCAGCAGGGCGCCGCGAGCGGGGACGUGUCGCUUCACAACUUCAGCGCAAGGCUCUGGGAGCAGCUCGUCCACUUCCACGUCAUGCGGCUGACAGAUUCGCUCUUCCUGUGGGUGGGGGCGACGCCGCAUCUACGCAACCUCGCAGUGGCCAUGUGCAGCCGCUACGACCCCAUCCCUGUGUGCACCUCUCUUUUUGGAGACACUUCUGACACGACCUCCUCUGGCCUUGCCCAGCGCUUAGCCAGGAAGACCAGUAAACAGGUGUUUGUCAGCUACAACCUCUCCAACACAGACAGCAACUUCACGUUACUUGUAGAAAACAGGAUCAAGGAAGAAAUGGAGACGUUUCCCGAGAAGUUCUGAGUGGCAGAGGGAAGAGUGUGUAACUUGUGUAUAAAUUACGUGUCAAUAAACAGCGUGGGUUUUGUUUCAGGCUGCAUUCA